AUGUUCCCAGUUGAAGCGGAAAACACCCUGGAGUAUGGAAAAAAAAACACGAGUAAGAAAAUUACUCAUGGGGAGGUUAACCGGUUAGAGACAGACGAGGCGGUUAAAAGGGAAGGGAAUGGAGCAUAUGAAGUGGACCACAAUAAGGAGAGGAAUAACGUUCCAAUUACCUUUGCGAGGGGGGUCGAGGUGGGCCAGAAAAAGUGCUUAAUGGGCAAAAAUGGGGAAGACAACCUAGGCGAAGAAACAGCAUUGAUUGAGGAAGCACCUCCUUUAAGAGUAAACCUCACAGGUGAAGAGGCUGAUGAAGGUUCACAUUCAACGGUGACGAAAGAGGCGAAUGUGAUAAGUGAAACCACACCAGUUGGCGAACUUCUUCGGAGCAGUAGCCACGAACCCGCCUGGGAUGAUAACACCUUUGGGAGGGAUAAAAGCGCCAUGAGGUACUCCCUCCCUCGAAGGAACAGCACUGUUGAUUGUGAGAAGAAAGGAAAGACAAACCGCUUGGUUAGUCCCCUGAAUGAGUCAAAUAACCCUUUGGCAUGUUACCCCAAAGGAUGCCACAGCGAAGGUUGCUACCCGGAUGUUCCGCAGCCACAUUUUGAGCGCCACGUUAGUAAAGCGGUAAAUUUAGCAAAAACGAAAUUGAAAAACUGUGAAGGAGGUUUUUCUGAAAGUGGGAAAAUCACGAAUGGGAGCUACGAAAGUGUGGAGGGAUCUCCGUCUAAGGAUUCCCCUUUGGGGAACCCACUCGUGAAGAGGGAUGCCAUCCACUGGGAUAACAACGAUUCUGCGCUAUGUAUAAAUAGUGGGGAUAUUCCCGAAGGCAAACUAAAGGAUGAUGAAAAUGAAGUGCACGAAAAUGAGGAGCGGACAGAAGGAGAAGAGACCGAUGUGAGCACAGUUAACAGUGCCGAAUCGGUCGAUGACGCUGCAACACAUGGGGGGAUCCAAGAGGGGGAGAACCAUCAAGUGGGGAACUCAAACAGGGGAGAUGCAACCACGUUUGACGUGGUAAAGGUGGGCAAUUCGCAUGUAGGCAGCCACCACUCGGGUGGGAACAUUUUGGAAUAUAAAAAGGAAGAGGAAAAUUGGGAGCACUCAAAGGUGGAAGGAGAAACAUGUGAGGGGGUGAACAGCGGGAGUGCCGCAAACCCUGUUAGCGCAGAACGGAGAAGUGAGUCUACUGGUUCUGAUGUGGCCUCCCCGGAAGGGGGUGAAAUGGAAGGCACGGAAAAGAAGUCCCUUACGGUGAAUAAACACCCUGUUAAGCAGCGAGGCAGUGCCCAUGCAGACGAAAGGGAAAGCAAAAGGGAACAAAUAAAGUACACACUUCACCGCAACGGUACAAAGCCGCAAACCUUAUUCAGCACCGAUAUGGGGAAGAAGAAAAUGUUGCAUUCCCCAAACGGGGCAGAAAUAAAAACGGGCGAUUGCACUUAUCGCUUUGUUCAUCAAAUGAGCAGAGCGGCGAAGGUGCAUUCCAAUGCCAGCACCGUAAAUUUUUUAAAAAACAAUGUAAUCUUUUUGAGGAAAAGAAGAGGUAAUAACACCUGUAAGAAGGGCAGUAACCACCGGAGGAGCUGCAGCGGUGGCAGUGCGGAUGCGAACAAAGAAGGGGGUGGGAGCAGUAGGGACCUACCUAAGGAAGAUGGCGUAGCACUGCAUAUGAGAAAUACCUUUUUGCCCCUCCCAAAGGGAACGUCAAUAUUUGUGGAGAAACGUGAGACAAAUGGGAAGUGCCCAAGUAGGGGGAGAAAGGGCAAUUCUUCGAGCGAUAGGGAGAGGGGCGGCAUGGUGUGUGGGGGUGAAGAGGAGCCCACUUCCCCCCAUUUGGAGGGUACACCGAAAAGGGAGACGUCACAAAAUUGGCUGAGCAGUGAAAGCAGGUUACCGAUGAAGCAGGGGGGAGGACACCCCUUUGUCGUAAAUGGGUUUAUAUGCGACUUCAAUGAGGGGAGAAGAAGUGCCCACGAAGAAGCGCCCUCAAGUGGAUACUCACGCAAGAUGGACACUCUGGAAGGCCAGUCGUCCCCCUUAAAUUGGAAGUUCGACGUAACGGGUGGCCUCAAAGAAGGAGGGGCAUCACCACACAGAGUACUAAAUAUGGACGUGGAGGGGAAGCCAAGUGUAGCAAGUCAGGUGAGACUUCCAACGGAUAAGGCACCAUUGGGAAAGGAAAAAAUUGAUGACCAUGCAUGGAAUGGAGAGGAAGAAAAAAUGCUUCAUUUUGCAAGUACAAAUAUCGGAAGAGCAGAAAGACAGAGUAACUUAGCGAAGGGGGAGACAACACAGUAUAAGUUAUUUCACGUCGAUGACAUGUUUAGAAGUGCCUACCUGGGUGAACCGAACGGGGGAGAGGAGGCGAGGAAGGAGGGAAGGACAAACCACGCUUCUAGCCCAGUUCACCACUGCGUUGUGACCGCAAAUGGAGAGAUGACCACUUGGGUAGACAUAACUCAGAGGGUGGGGAAACAACAUCCCCUGGUGAGGAGACCUAAUCGUAAUGAUAACAUAAUGAACAUCUACAGAGGGUCAAAGAAUCAGCCACGAAAUGAUGGCAUGCGAAGUGGUUACCUUAGAAGCAGCAAAAAUGGGUUUUGCAUGAAUGGCACAAAUUACGGCAUUAUAAGUAUUCCCAGUUGGGAGCCCCGGAAAAACAUUCAAGUUGGUAUCCCCAGCCAAAUGGACAACACCCACGGUGGUAGAAAGGGUGUGGCGAGCAAACCGUUUUGCGAUGACCAAACAGGCAGUGAGGAGAAAGACGGUCAGGGAGGGAGCCACCCCCCUUUUAAGGAAACCCUACUGGACCGAAUUAACAAAUCUAUUUUCCAGACGAAUAGGAAAAACGAAAUAAACCAAAUGGAUCACUCCUGCAUGCAGUCAGAAUUGGAAAAUAAAAAAACAAAGGAACAUCACCUCAGAGGGGGAAAGGAGCAACCUGUGAAGGAUGUCUUCCCAUUAAAGAGUGGCCGGACCAUCUUCCCCCUCUUUACUCCCAUGCGAAGAAGCGACAAAGUGACGAACAAAAAAGUGUUUCACAUAAGAGAGCGAAAUGUGUACGUGGUGGAUGACCCCCCAGAAAUGAGCCCCCCGGUGGCGUCAAAUCGGAAAAAUGACCCUCACCUGAACGAAUUUGUAAAAAAUAAAUUGCUAGCUAAAGGAGGGGGAUGCAAUUUUCUCCGUAAUUGUACCACACAGAUGAGAGAAAAAACAGAUGUGGGAGGUUCAAACGGGUUCUACUAUGACAGAAUGAAAAGAAGGAACAACAACCCCUAUGUGCAUAACUGUAACGAUAUUGAAGACAAGUGGAGACCCCCCUUGGACGGCCUUCUCAAAAAUUGCUACAAAGAAAGGAGAGGCAGUACAACUGGGGAGAAAUAUACCAACAAGAAUUUUACCCUUAACAGGAGUAGGAACAAUUUGAAGAGUCGAAAUAAAGCGUUUGGCAUUAGUGAGGAGGAGGGGGCUUCUUCUGCCCUGUUGGCCAGCGGUGAGGGGAACUACCCUCAAGAGCACACCCGGGGGGAUGUCUUAAAUGGGUGCGGCGCUGGCAGAGGUGACCCAUUAACGACGAUAAAGGGACAGGAAAAUGACGUGAAAGGGGGAGAGGUGGGACGAACCUACUUGGAGAGGGCUCAUUCGGAAUACCAUAUGAAGAUGUGUGGGGAUAGCGAAAAUGUAAAGGAAUUGGCCAAGCAAAAAACGGAAGCAAAUUUAUGUGGCAAUAAUAAGCGCGUUGGUGAGCAGGCGGAGAGAUUCAAUUUUUUUCAUAGCGAGCAUGAUUUAUUUAACGGGCAGAAAUUAAGGCUUUAUUUUUCCAAAGGGAAAAACGCCCUGCAUAGUGGGAUUUUUAAAAUAAGGGGCGAAGUUGGGACAUUCUCAAUUUUUAAAAAUUUCCCCUUUUUCGGGGAAGGGGCGAAAAUGAGUGACGCGGAGGGCGCCAGCCAGGAGUCGAUUUCGUAUGAAUGUAGGUAUAACGCCGAGUUGGUGUGUCGCCCGGGGGGAGCGGCGGGAGCGGGUGGAAGGCUCGAUGGGGGGUGCGCUGGUAGGGAGGACAAGGACGACAAGACUGAGGCAACUGCAGUGAAUUCGCCGAAUGGAACUCGUGAGGUACACAAGAUCAUUUGUGGCGCGAGUGAAGCGGGGGAAGCCGUGUGUGCAGGAUCGGGCGGCGAGGCAGCGGGCGCGAUUGGCCAAAUAGGUAGCGGCGGUAGAAGUGGCCAACGCGGCGGACGCGGCACAAAUGCGUGUAACGAGUUGGCCGGCGGAGAGACAUCCCCGGGGGAAGGCGCACAAGUGAGUGCACUGAGUAAGCGAAAGGACGAAGUGGAUGGGGCAAAGGGGGGAGAGACUCUCACCGAGGUGGAUCAGUGCAUACUACAAAGGGGUCACGAAGAAGGGAUCGAAAUUAGCGCCGACGUUGCGAAGGACCACAUUACAAACGCAGUGCGCGAAAUGGGUGGGGGCGAAGAACAGGAAAACUUGGAGAAACAGAAAGAUGCUCUGUUUGGCGGGGAAGAGAGUGACCCCUUUUUCUGCCCCAAAGAUGGAGAGCCAAGACUGGCGGAGAGUGCCAACUUGCGAUGCAGCGAAGAACAUAACUUGAAGAGGCAAAAAAGUGAUUCCACAAGAAGCUCAAAUGAGAUGCUAGAGAAUUUCGAGAGGAUUGCCGAAAGGAUCAACUUCAUUUUAGAUGACACGGUGGAGUUUUUUAAGAAAAAUUUGUAUGUGCAUAAUGGGUAUGGGUCUGUGAAGGUGUCCAAAGAGGAGACGGGGUGGUUGGGCGAGAACACACUGGGUGAGUGGUCUCACGUGUAUAAGAUUAAUAAGGUGGUUUGUAAGGGGGCGCACGGGGUGGUGUUUUCCGCGUGGAGGGGGGAGGAUUCGGCUAAGCAGUGUGAAGAGGAGGCGGAAAGGGGAGAAGCGGGGCAUAGCACCGAUCAAGGGAACGCUGAGGGAAGCGGUGAGGGAGGCGGUGGAGGAAGCGGUGGAGGAAGCGGUGAAGAAAACGGUAAAGGAAAAGACCAGGACAACGCUCAAGGAAACGCUCAAGGAAACGCUCAAGGAAACGAUCGAGGAAACGAUCAAGAAAACGUUGAAGAAAACGUUGAAGAAAACGAUCAAGGAAACGAUCGGGACGGCGACCAAGAGAGCUAUGACGAAGAGAAGCUGGUGACCCUGAAAAUCGUCAACUUGCGCUAUUUAAGCAAAAAAAACAGCCUGCGGAGAAUCAUGAAGGAGGUGCAUUUCUUGCAAAUCUGCGACCACCCCAAUAUAGUUAAGUACCACGAAUCCUUUUUCUGGCCCCCCUGCUACCUGGUCAUAGUGUGUGAGUUCCUCUCAGGGGGAACGUUAUUCGAUUUGUAUAAAAAAUGCGGAAGGAUAACUGAAGAUGUGUUGGUGCACAUUCUAGACGACGUAUUAAAGGCGCUACAGUAUUUGCAUAACGAGUGCACCUCAUGUUUAGUCCAUAGGGACAUCAAACCGACGAACAUCGUUUUUUCCAAAAGUGGAGUGGCAAAGAUUGUAGAUUUCGGAUCCUGCGAACGGGUGGAAGAUUUAAAAAUGCACGAAGUUGUGGGAACUCUUUAUUAUAUUUCUCCAGAAAUUUUGAAGAGAGAAAAAUAUGACUGUUCAGCAGAUAUCUGGUCGUUAGGAAUAACCAUAUACGAAGUGGUCAUGUGUGCAUUGCCAUGGAAGGGGAAGAAACAUAUUGAGGAAUCUAUCAAACAGAUUGUUGGUUCCUCUCCCAAAAUUAAUCUGUGCUCCGGUUUUACCAAACAGUUCUGCUUCUUCGUAGAGUCCUGUUUGCAAAAUGAUCCUGGGAAAAGGGCAAAUGCUGCACAUCUACUUGGUCAUAAAUUUUUAACGAAGAAGAGACUUUUACGGAGGAAACCGAGUUCCAUUUUCGAAAUUAGGGAUAUUCUCAAAGUGAACAAUGGGAAGGGGAAAAAUAAUAUUUUUCGGAAUUUUUUCAAAAACCUUUUUUUCCUUAAUGAUAAGAACAAACGGAGGAGGAACAAAGCGUUGGGCUCCAAGUCCUGCGAGCCGGAAAUGUUUUACCGGAAAUUGAAGCGGGAGAAUUUUGACUUCUUCGAAAUUAGGUUGCGAGACGGGAGCAGCAGGUCUUUGGGCCAUUUGCACGUGGGUGAGGGGAAGCGGGAAGAAGAAGUGGAAGGGGAAGAAGAAGUGGAAGAGGGGGGAGAGGUGAAAGGGGAGGAAGAGGUGGAAGAGGGCGGCCAAAAUGGAAAGGCAGAGCCAAAUGUGCACUGCGACGCGGAACGCGCGGAGGGGGGAGCCCAACGGAUGGGAAACCUUUCCUCAAACUAUCUCGAUUCGAAGGAGGACAUAGCGAAGCAGCCCGGUGCUGACUAG